AUGAACAACUCCAGAAGGUUCUUGUUCCAGGUGUGUUUGAGUUUGGUACUUUCCAUGGGCUAUUGCACCUGCAAGCCGUUGGGGAAUGAAAUCCACAGCGAAGAUGACCUAAGGGGAUUUUACUCCACGCAGGAGGAUCUCCUGGAGGAGGAAGACGAGGACUCGAGGAUGGCAAACCUCCUCGGAACCAUGAAAGAAGACUUCCUUAGGAAACUCAACCUUUCUGAUGUACCUCAGGAAAAGGGGAAAAUUGAUCCACCUCAAUUCAUGAUGGAACUCUACAAUAAGUACGCAUCCGAUAGCACGGCCAUCCCUCAGUCAGAUGUCAUACGCAGUUUCAGCGUCCAAGAUAUCACACAUUCUGUGACUGAUGGCUCAAAGUCAAGAAACAGGCUGCUGUUCAACAUCAGCAUACCCAGCCAUGAAAAGGUCAUCAAAGUUGAAUUACAACUCUUCCUCCUCCCAGAUGCCGCGUCGAGGGUGACCUCCCACACUUGCACAACCUUCAUCAAUGUAUACGAAAUGGAUUACGAUCAUUUGGAUUCCACCAAUCGGCUUUUAGCUUGGAAAGAGUUAACAGGUUCUCAGAACACAUGGGUGACAAUGGACGUCACCACAGCCGUCCAGGAUAGAGUUGUGUCUAACAAUGGAAUUACUGGAUUUGAUGUCGUGGUGGAUGGGAGGGACACGCGCAUGAGCCUUUCUGUUGGAGAUAACACCUCAGCUGCUUUAAUCGUCUUCUCCGACGAAAUCGGGAGCAGAAGGCGAGAGGCCAAGAAAGAACUCCAGGAGAUGAUACUUCACGAAGAAGAAAGCAUCUUCCGUUUGGAGACCGACUGGAACACAGAGGAUCAUCUCGCCAACCAAAUUCCUGGAGCUCAGUAUCAUCGGAAAAAGAGAAAGGCGGAGCGGGAAUACUGCAGACGGACCUCUCUCAAGGUUAAUUUCAGAGACAUCGGCUGGGACAGCUGGAUCGUGGCACCUCCGGAAUAUGAUGCGUUUGAAUGUCGCGGGUUGUGCUACCACCCACUGACAGACGAAUCCACGCCAUCCAAGCAUGCCCUCAUCCAAACACUGAUGAAUAUCCGGAACCCCAAGAAGGCCAACAUGGCGUGCUGCGUCCCCAUCAAACUGGACCCCAUCACUGUCAUGUAUCAGGAAAAUGGACGGGUCACUAUCAGAUAUUUGUAUGAGGAGAUGAAGGUAGCGGAGUGUGGAUGCAGGUAG